AUGUUUACGAAACGACACUUGAAGCGGCCGACGAGCUGCCCGGUCGCCGAUUUGCGAGUGCGGCUUAUCGGACAGAUGUUGACAGGCUCGUGCAGACGCCAAAGGCAGGCGGAAGACGAAGUGCCAGCGACCGACGCCUGCAACAACCCUCGACAGGCGUUCCCAGCAAACGCCUCGUACCCACAAUCGGACCACUCCUUGAUCUCCCCCGGUACCAACGCGUCAUCCGAUAUCAAAGCAGGAACGGAUGCGAUGAAAUACCACUCAUCGAUGGGAAACAGGUCACCUACCGUGCACCCGACUGCUACCACGAAGGGCGAGGGGACAGCUCCCGUGCAGCCGACUGCUACCAUGGAAUCAUUCCACGACUCCCAAUCGGAUGCUUCUCGUCUCGGCCCAACCCAGGCGAAUGUCAACAUCACACCGGAAAUCGGCAAUACCAGACUGAGUAUGGGCUGCAUCGCAUCGAGCAUUAAAAGUAUCGAAUCAAAGAUGGAGCACCAGCCUGGUUACGCCUCUCUGCCAACACCACAGAUACCUGCCAAUGCCAUGCGAGUCCAGCAACCAUCAUUUGGGCACGGACAUCCAUUGCAGACACCUCCGGCGCCUCGUCUUCAUCCUCAUCAACCUGUGCAGCCUCUCUUCUCUCAGAUGCAGCUGGGACAGUUCUCAGAGCCGCAGGUGCGCGCCGGUAGCAUUGAUACGCCGUCGUCUUGUACCGGUUCUCCGGAGGACCCCGACGACCUUCCGGAGGGGUUCGGAUUAGAUGCGGAAUUCUCGCUUGACCGUACGAUUGCCGCCGAGAUCGAAAAGAUAGCAUCCUGCAUCGCGGAGUGCCAGCGAACGCUUCAGAAAACAGCCAACAUGCGGUACGGACUUCGGGCGGCGGUCACCAACCACCUGCGCGGCCUGCAGACCGUCGGCCACCAUGUACCAUCAACAGCGUUGGGCUGACGAAUCUUCAAUGGUUCAAUUGAUCAAUCUUCACGGCCACUGCAGGUGUUGUGAGUGGUGACGUCGGG